AUGGAAAGUUUUGUUUAAAACAAUCAGUAUAACUAAAAAUAAUUUUGUUUACAAUGUAAUAUAAUAUCUUAAUUAUUAAAACAAUCAAAAUAUACUAAUAACAGAAAACAAACAAUUACUUUUUGCUUUAUAAAAUCAAAUAUCAAAAUUCUAUAAGAAAAAUAAUUGAUACCCAUUAUUAAUUUUUAGGGCAGGGAGAAUUGUUUAGUUUUUGAGAGCACUUUUUCAAUUAGAGAAUUUAGAUUAUUUUUAAUUCGUUAAAUUGGUAUUCUCAUUACUAUUAAUAUCAAAAGAGCAUUAAUAAUAAGAACACUAUGCAGAUGAUUUGAAAGGAAAAAAUAAACAAUAUUGGAAAAGUAAGUGAAAAAAAAAUUGUAUACCCAAAUUGAAUUCUCACCAGUAACAAAUUUAAUCAUUAAAACUUUUAAAGGGAUAGAAGGUUUAAAAUUUUUAAGAGCCUAUUAAUUGGAUAUAUUGAGGAUAGGAUAUAAGAAUGCUAAAUUUAUAAUAUAAAUAUAUAGUCUUGUUCUUGAUUUAAAUUUAAGUAAUCAUUUGAAAAUUUCUAUCAUUAUAGAAUUGGGACUAAUAUGA